ACGAGGUGACAACUCCCUUAAAAGUAUGUUCCCCCGGUUUUGUGACAUACACCUGCAGCUCACUUCACUCAGAGCUGUGAGGGACGAACAGUGUCUCUCGGUGGCUUCUUUGUCUCGGUCACACACACAGGAACUCCUGGGUCCGCUCCGUGCCAGUGCAGCAGAGCAGAUGGACCAGGUAUCCAACCGGUCAGGACUGGGCAGUGAUGACAUUGCAUAUGAGAGCAUAUCACUGGUGGAUGUCAGGUGGAGCUCUGAUGAAGAUGAGAGCUCUGACUUUCAGGGACAGUGUCUCGCUGCACCUCAGACUCCUCUGCCGACCUACAAGCAGAGAUAUGAUGAGUUUAAGAAGCUGUUCAAAGAGCUGCCAGAGUCGGAGAGACUCAUAGUGGACUACCCAUGUGCCCUCCAGCGGGACAUCCUCCUUCAGGGACGCCUCUACCUGUCAGAGAAGUGGCUCUGUUUCUACAGCAAUGUGUUUCGGGGCACCAAGAUCACGCUGACCCUGAAAGACAUCACGUCGAUGAGCCGAGAGAAAACGGCACGGCUGAUUCCCAAUGCAAUCCAGAUCUGCAUGGGCACAGAGAAGUUCUUCCUCACCUCCUUCUCGGCGAGAGAGAAAAGCUACCAGACUGUUUUCCGCAUGUGGCAGAACACACUGCUGGACAAGCCUCUGACCUGCUUGGAGUUUUUGCAGAUGGUGAAACAGCAUUAUGGGCAUGACCUGGGCCUGAGCCAUGAAGAUAUGGAGAGCUUGCAGAUAGCGUCGGAAUCGAACAUGCAGACCAGCCUGACCGCGAGGCCCGGUGGGGAAGAUGGAAUCGGGAGGUUUGAGCGGCCCCCCUCCCUUCGCCUGCCUUCACUGGAGCAUGGGCCCUUAGACACCUCCACCCCUCAGGGGGAGGAGAUGCCUUCAAUUAUUGGCUCCCAGAAUUCAGCAAACACGGAUGACUCUCGGAACACACCGUCCCAGCGCCGCAGCCCUGCUCCCUCACUGGACCGCCUGGUGCCAGAACGGACCUCCAAGCGCUCCUCGCUGUCCCUUGACCUCAACGCCAACGAGAACGGUGCUUCUGAGCAGAGCUGUUCAGAGAGCAUCGAGGAAGUGGAGGAGCGAGUGGGUCUGACCCAGGUUCAGGGUCGACUCAAUUUAAACAAGGUCUUCCACAUGAGCGCCAAGAAAUUGUUCGAGCUGAUCUUCACCGACUCCAGCUUCAUCCGCAGGUUUAUGAACGUCAGGAAGAUAACAAAUCCGACCUUCUCCACCUGGCAAAGAGACGCCUCGGGAAACCUGAAGAGGAGCCUGAACUACACAGUUACCAUCAGCAACCCUCUGAUUGGCAAGUUCUCCACGGCCACAGAGAACCAGACGCUGUACAAAGAAUUCAGGGAUGGUCAGCAUUACCUCGUGGACUGUGAGGUGUACACUCAUGACGUUCCCUAUCACGAUUACUUCUACACUCACAACAGAUACUGCAUCAAGAGUAGCUCGAAGCGGAAGUGCCGUCUAAGCAUUUACACUGAUGUGAAGUAUAAGAAGCAGCCGUGGGGCCUGGUCAAGUCCUUCAUCACUAAAAACUCCUGGAGCGGCAUAGAAGAUUAUUUCAGACAGCUUGAAGCGGAGCUGCUGGAGGAGGAAGCCGAGCUGAAUCAGGGAGGCGGCGACUCAGGGAAGAUUGGUGGGCUGCGUAGGAGGAGGAGGACGUACAGCCGGACUCUGCCGGAGCACAUGAAGCCCAACAAGCAGUAUGGACAAGAUCCAGAGCAGCACAGAGAUGGCAACAUGGGCCCCAUGGAAAUGAAAGGGUCGGGCGGGUGGAACACAACAACCAUAGUAGCUGCGAUGAGUCUGAUUUUGUUUAUUCUGACGCUGCUGAAUCUGUGCCUGUUUUUCAAGCUGUGGGCCAUGGAGGAUGUAGCCCACCGCAUAUACCUGAGCACAAAGCAUCGUCUGAGGGAGAGGAGCGAGGCCAGCUUGGUCCAGGGACCUGUGCACAGAACCAGAGACGAGAUGCACCUCCUGAAGAAUGUACUGCAGGACUCCAUCAACCUUUUACAGCAGCUCCGCAGCUCUCUCGUUGUGCUACAACAAAACUUUGCCAUGGUCAAUCAGACGGCAGCGCCGCAGUGAGGCUCCUCACCCGAUGACCACAGAACGCCAACCCCUGUCUACCCUGCUGAGGAAAGAAAAGACGGCAGCACCCAACUACCGCUGAUGUUGCCAUGAAGACGUCCCCAGACCCCCUGACAUGCCAUGUGUUGCCAGGGGUUACGCUAACCCUAAAGCCUGUGGUGGGGCGUCAGGUGCACGGAUGUUUUUAAAGCUGCAGAUUGACUGAUGGGAGGACACGGUGACAUCAGAGUCCACCGCAGGGGGAGCAGGGGGAUUAUUGUCGGUUGCAAUCGCUGCCUCCGCUGCGACUCGUCUCCUACACGGUGGCAGUGGAUCUCAGAAAACUUCCCUCAAGUGCCUGACUGUAUUCUGACGAACCUCACACCACAUCCGAUGAACUGUUGUAAACGCAGCUGUUAAAUAACAUUGAAUCACAAUUUAAAUUUUGCACAUUUUUGAACAUUUGCACAAGUGCCUCAUAGACUAUAGGCUAUAUUUUAAGGUAUCUUUUUAGAUUCUUAUAUUUUCAAAUAAUAAUGGUAGUAUCUGCAGCUCUAAUUUUAAACUUUGUCUUCUCUUUUGUAAUCAUGAGAUUUUUUGCUUUUUAAACUGCAGGGAAUGCUGCAACUUUAUAUUAACUUUAGAUUGCGAGUGGGAAUAUUCUUUAAAUUUUACUGUGUAUGAGCCAAAUCUGGCAGAAAAUGUAGCUGAUGGACGGCCACGUAUUUGAUAGAAAUUACUUUAAUUUAUAGCUCUGUUCUGGAGCCACAGUCCAAAUGAUGGUGAUGUUUGAUUUAUCUCUGUCUUCUGUACAUGAAUAAUCGCUUUGUCUGUAUUUUUCUUUUUCUGUGUAUGUAGGGUCAAUGGGACGAUCUCAGGUUAUAUCAGCACUGUACAUUGACUCUGUCAACACAUACGCAGUCUGUUCUGUGAUUUCUACGUCGAUAUAAACACUGGUUGUUUUCUUACUUUAUAAUCACUUGUUGGUGACACACAAGUACAAUUCUCUUGAGCCGUUUUUGAUGUUUACAGUGUCGCCCAACUCCCUCUCUGGAUAAUUUUGCUCAACAGUUCUCAUUUGAAACCACGUCUUAGCGCCACCACUUGUUUCUAUGUUGUACAGUUUUAGAUAUAUUACAAUGCGCUGUUGUAAUAAACAUGAUCUCUUACUCA